GCCCCAGGCUGGGAGUGGAAACAGGAAGCCUGGGCAGCGGAGGCCAGCUCCCGCGCCAGCACCGGAGACAGAAUCCAGACGCCUUCCCUGCUGAUGGUGAGGAGGACUCCCAACUCCAUACGAAACUGUGCUGCCAGUGUGCUCGGAACAGUGGGCCCUUUCAUAUUCGGGAGCUCUAUAAGCAGCGGCUGGAUGAAGUUGAAAUGUUGGAGAGACAUAUCAUUCAGGCCCGCGCACGGGUCCUUGCGGAGAAAGAGCAGGCCAUGCACCAGGCCGAAGUACAGGUCCUUGAGCCAUUCAUCAAGAUGCCUCCAGUGAAGACCGUCUUCAGGUGGUGUGUGGACAACGAGUUGCUACAGAAGCAUCAUUUGAUCUGCCCGAAUGAUUACUACAGCGAUACAGUGCCCUUUUGCUCUGCACCUAAAGGUGUCUUUGUCCCUGGAUAUUCAAAACUGACAUUUAGUUGUGAGAAACGUUCUGUCCCAAAGAAAGAACUGACCAAGAAGCUUGCCUGCAGGAAGACGCCCUCUCAGUCUGAAGAGGAGACAGACUACACCAUGGACAGCCUGACGUGGGACCCAUCUUUUAAGGCCAAACUCAGAUCCAGGGCAACUGUCAAGAAAGCAGGUUCACCGAAGAAUAAAAACUGGAUGAACCAUUUACGUGUGCCCCAGAGGCAGCUGGAGCGGCUUCUGCUCGCCAGGAUGGAGAGUCGGAACCGCUUCCUGAAAAACCCUCGCUUUUUCCCUCCUAACACUCCGUUUGGAGGCAAGUCUCUUCUCUUUCCUCCCAAGAAGCCAGCACUGAUAGGAGAAUUCCAGGAUGGAGAGCUGGAAGAGAGUUGUGCUGAUACUCCAGUGUUUCUAGCUAAGCCCUCAAUUGCAUUUUUCACAGAUUAUGAAAUUGGACCAGUUUAUGAGAUGGUGAUCUCGCUGCAGAACACCACGUCCACCAGCCGCCACCUGCGAGUCCUCCCGCCGUCCACGCCCUACUUCGCUCUGGGAUUGGGGAUGUUCCCAGGAAAAGGUGGGAUGGUGGCUCCUGGGAUGACCUGCCAGUAUACUGUCCAGUUUUUUCCCGACUGCCUUGGGGAUUUUGAUGACUUUAUUUUAGUGGAGACCCAGUCAGCGCACGCGCUCCUGGUCCCCCUGCAGGCCCGGAGGCCGCCCCCAGUGCUGACGCUGUCGCCGGUGUUGGACUGUGGUUACUGCCUCGUUGGGGGCAUGAAGGUGACCAGAUUCAUCUGCAAAAACGUGGGCUUCAGCGUGGGCAAGUUCUGCAUUAUGCCUAAAAAGAGCUGGCCGCCGCCAAGCUUCAGAGCUGUUGCAACCAUCGGCUUUGUUGAGCAGCCUCCCUUCGGGAUCCUGCCGUCAGUGUUGGAGCUGGCUCCGGGGCAGGCCGUAUUCGUGCAGGUCCUGUUCCUCCCAACCAGCCUGGGAAAGGCAGAGCAGACCUUCAUCAUCGUGUGUGACAACUGCCAGAUAAAGGAGCUGGUGACCACAGGAAUCGGGCAGCUGGUGGCUCUGGAUCUGAUCUAUGUUUCUGGUGAAAAAAGUCAGCCGGAGCCCGGAGAGCUCACAGACUUAACAGCCCAGCACUUCAUACGCUUUGAGCCUGAAAACCUUCAGUCCACGGCCAGCAAACUGCUGAUUAUUAGAAAUGCCACGCACGUGGAACUGGCCUUCCGCUGGCAGAUCAUGAAGCCCAACCUGAGGUCCCUAAUGCCUGGAGAAACCUACAGCCCGGACAGCAUCAAGUCCCAUCCUGACAGGGAGACGGCCUUCUCCAUCGCCCCCGACAUGGGAGCUCUCAAGCCCCACACGGACCACGAGUUCCUCUUGAGCUUCUCUCCUCGAGAGCCCGGGGAUUUUCACAGCGUGCUCCAGAUGGUGCUGGAGGAAGUCCCAGAGCCCAUGAGUUUGGACUUGGAAAACCCGAAGGAUCCCUCGUACUCUGUGGAUGACGUGAUUGUCCUGGAAAUCGAGGUGAAAGGCUCAGUGGAACCUUUCCAGGUUCUCUUAGAACCAUAUGCCCUCAUCAUCCCCGGGGAGAACUACGUUGGGAUGACCGUGAAGAAGGAUUUCAAGAUGUGGAACAACAGCAAGUCAGCCAUCAGGUACACGUGGGGGAAGAUCAGCGACUGCCACGUCAUUGAAGUGGAGCCCUGCGCGGGGACCAUCGGUACUGCAGGGGCCGAGGGAGGGGCUGGCUGGGGAAGGAGAGCUCGAGGUGAAAGGGGCCUGUGCAGGGGUCCGUGGCCCUCUGAUCCGCUCCAGCCGCAGCCUGGCCCUGUGGUGGGUAAGGAGUCUGCCAAGGCCAGGUAUCUGAGCCCGGCCACAGAGGGGACCUGCCCCUGCUUCCUUUCUCCACAGCUCACCUUUCCUCUCCCUCUCUCAGAGCCCAGCGAGGUGGAGGAUUUUCAGUUGAACUUUACCGGGGGUGUCCCUGGCCCGACGAGCCAGAACCUGCUGUGUGAAAUCAAAGACUCCCCCUCACCGGUGGUCUUACACGUCGAGGCGGCCUUUAAGGGGCCUGCCCUCGUCAUCGACGUCUCAGCCCUUCAGUUUGGUUUGCUGCGCCUGGGGCAGAGAGCCACAAACUCCAUCCAGAUCCGGAAUGUCAGCCAGCUCCCGGCCACGUGGUCCAUGAAGGAGAGCAGGGUCUGCCUGCAAGAAAGGCAAGAGGGCGUGUCUCCCUUCGUCAUCGAGCCGUCCAGUGGCCAAGUUCAGCCGCUGGGGGAGUGCAGAGUGAGCAUCACGUUGGAGGCCCGGCACUGCCAGUGUCUGCAGACCGUCCUGGAGCUGGAGGUGGUAAACGGGACCUGCAGCCACCUGCCUGUGUAUGCCGAGGUGCAGGAGCCCUACGUGUACCUGCAGAGCAGCCAGGUGGAGGUCACCAACCUCUACGUGGGCGUGCCCACCGAGACGCCUGUCACACUCAUCAGUGGCACGCUCCUGCCCACCCAGUUCCACUGGGGCAAGCUCCUGGGGCUCCAAGCAAGCUUCUGCACAGCAAAAGUCUCCCCCAGGCGUGGCACGCUGGGCCCCAGUGAGGAGCGCCAGCUCAGCCUAGAGUUGACUGCUCAUACCCAGGAAGAGUUGAUGGACCUGGCCCUCCCUUGUAACGUGUCGGGCAUGAAGGAGCCACUGGUUCUGGGCAUUUCCGGGAAACCCCGGGGACUGCAGGUGGCCAUCGCCAUCUCUGCAGAGGACGGUGACAGCAGCACAGAGCUGUGGCCAGGCCACCCGGAGAGGCUCCACCUGGACUUCGGCUCAGCAGUGCCGCUGCGGACCCGCGUGACUCGCCAGCUCAUCCUGACCAACUGUUCCCCGAUACAGACCCCUUUUACCCUCAAGUUUGAGUAUUUUGGGAGCCCUGCAAACAGCCUGCGCCAAAAACCCAGCCGCCCCGACAUGCCUCCUGCCCUGCUGAAGAUGGCUCGGAUGCGGGAGCUCUUGGCCAAACGAGAGCAGCUGGAGUUUAUGGAAAGCAUGCUGUCCCACGGAAAAGGAGCUGCCUUCUUUCCCCACCUCUCCCAGGGUGUGCUGGGGGCCCACCAGAAGCUUGGCAUUGACCUCACAGCCUGUGCGAACAUGUGGGGCGAGUACUGGGACAGCCUCAUCUGCACAGUGGGAGACCUGCCUCCAGCGGUCAUCCCGGUGCACAUGGUGGUGGUGGGCUGCCCCAUCAGCUCCCACAGGACCGCCCGCUACACCACUGACCAGAUCCAGAAGGAGCCUGUUGUCAGGUUCGGCACCCGGGUCUCUGGAGGAGACACAGUCACCCGGAUCCUUCGCCUGAGUAAUUCCAGCCCCUGUGACAUCCGCCUGGACUGGGAGACCUACGCUCCAGAGGACAGGGCGGACCGGCUGCUGGAGCUGCUGGUGUUCUACGGGCCACCCUCCCCGCCGCGGGACCAAGCUGGGAGCGACCGCCUGCGCCCUGAGGCCCCUGAGAGCAGCAGCUCCUUCUGGUCCCCAAGUCCCUCCGACGUGUCCAAGUCCAGCCGUGAAGCUGCCCAGCCUGCUGAGGGCGGCUCCAGUGCCAGCGCCUCCCAGGAAAUCAUCUCGGUUACCCUGCAGGGGCGCGAGGGGGUGCCCUCUGACCAGCUGUUCUCCAUCAGCCCCAAGCAGGUGGUGGUCCCCGCAGGGGGCAGCAGCACCAUCCGCAUCUGCUUCACACCCGUGGUCCUGGGCCCCGACGUCCUGCACAAGGUGGAGUGUACCGGCUCUGCCCUGGGCUCCAUGAGCUUGGAUGAUGAGGUGGAGAGGGAGCUCCCGGGGAGGAGGCGCCGCCUGCAGGGCUCGGCUGUGGGACCCGUGAGGCUGCACCUUCACGGCUACGUGAGGCCCGCGCGGCUGAGCGUGGAGCUGGACUCCAGCGGCAGCAUGGUGUUCUGGCGCCAGGCCAGCGACCUCAUCCCCGAGCAGCGCUGUGCUGGGGUGCUGAGUGAGCUGGUGACCACCCACCACCUGAAGCUGAUCAACACCACGGAAAUCCCACACUACUUCCGGCUCCUGGUCUCCAGGCCCUUCUCUGUUUCUCAAGAUGGGGUGAGCCGCAGCCACAGGGCUCCCAGCCCCAGCUGGAAGCAGGAGUGCAAGGAGGGGACAGCAGCAGCCGGCAAGCAGCUGGUACUCUACCCACAGGAGAACAUGCUGGUGAACGUGUCCUUUUCCCUCUCCCUGGAGCUGCUCUCCUAUCAGAAGCUCCCGGCUGACCAGAUGUUGCCUGGAGUGGACAUUCAGCAGAGCGCGAGUGGAGAGAAACAGAUGGUCUUCACUCAGAAUCUGCUUCUGGAAUACAGCAACCAGACCACUCAGGUGGUGCCCCUGCGGGCCGUUGUGGCCGUGCCCGAGCUGCAGCUCUCCACCAGCUGGGUGGACUUCGGGACCUGCUUCGUGAACCAGGGCCGCGUCCGGGAGGUCUGCCUGAUGAACCUGAGCGGCUCCCGGAGCUACUGGACCGUGUUGACAGGGUCUCCCCAAGCAGCGGGCUGCUGGAGGCACGACCGGUCAACGCACCCCCCACCUCCGUCCCCCUCCAGGUUUCCUUCACCGCCAGGAGCUGUGAGCUGUACGAGUCCACGCUGGUGGUGGAAGGCGUGCUCGGUGAGAAAUCCUGCACCCUGCGGCUCCAGGGCCGAGGCUCGUACGACGAGAGAUAUGCGUCACCCUACUAGCUCUGAGCCUCCGCCCUCAACCCCCAAUACUGGAAAUAAACACGGCCCAGAGCUAUGGAGCAGGUUUACUGGGCCAGGGCACCUACUGGAGGACCUCUGAACAGCUCCUGGGAUGGAGGGACCCCCACCCCCACCCCGCCCCACCACUUCCAGGCCCUGCGCCCUGUGUCCUCAGAGCUAAUACAAAGGGUAGGCCAUGCCCCUGUGGAGACCAGGGCAGUUAAGAGUCAGUAUUCAGAUUCAGCAGAGGCAGGACCAGCAUAGCAAGAACUGGCUCUUGGGAAAAACCACAGCCACUAAGGGAAGGUAAUGCAUUUGCGAUGUUUACUGCACUCCACAUCCACAGGCCCCUUUCCCCAGGAAUCACACAGUGGCCUUGCAGGCUGGGUGACCCAGGCCACCUUUGCCUGUCUGUCUCAGCUAGAGGGGCCCGACAGAGGGCAGCCCGAUACCUCACCCACUCCUGUACUGUCUCAUCAGUGUUCACAUUUGCCAAAUUAAUUAGCUGAAGUGCCUUGAUUUGCCACUACCACCGGUGCUGGAACUCCCCAGGUGUCACGUCUGUAGCGCUACUGCCAGAGCACUGGGCUGGGCCUCUUUCAGUUUCCAGGGUAUUCGAAGACGGCGGCGGCUCCCAUGCCGGUCCCGAUGCACAUGGACACCACCCCAUACGCCCUGUGGAAGCAAAAUGUGCUGGUUGGGUGAAAGCACAAAGGGCAGAAGCCCAACCACCAAGCUCUCCCCGGACCAGGCUGAGCUGGGUGGACCAAGGCCUUCACGGGCACAGGACGCCAGACCUCAGGGCACGUGGUUCCCGGCCACCUCCCCCUCGGGCGCACCAGCUGGGCCUCCCCCCAACCCCCCACCCCCGACCUCCACGGGGGCCAGCCUUACCGCCUCCCACGGCGCUUCAACUCGUUGAGCAGGGUGAUGACCUGUCGUGCCCCAGUGCAGCCCAGCGGGUGGCCCAAGGCCACCGCACCCCCCAGAGGGUUCACCUUCUCAGGAGGCAGUUGCAGCUUCUCCACACAGUAGACGGCCUGGAGGGAGGCUGAGCAUCAGCUGUAGCUCCCUCCCCGGUCCCCUGCACCACCACCCGCUGCCUCCAGCUGGGCGGCCCAGGCAACAAUGCAAAACAGGGGCUCGCCUGACUUGCGAAGGCCUCAUUGAUCUCAAAGAUGUCCACGUCCUCCACCGUCAACCCUGCAGGCAAGCGGAAAAGACCUGAGCUGACCCAGCGGCCCCUUAGCAGGCUUCUCAGACUCCCUGGGGCCCUGCGCCAUCCAUGGGCUGGAGGCUGGGCUGCCCGGUGUGUCUGCCUCUGUUCCAGACGGGUGAGCGGGUCCCAGCUGUGGGGUCAGGAAGGGGUCGGGGUGCUGGCCUGCCCCACCUUCACUCUGCGGCACCCACAGGCCCACCCCGGGCACCCGCCUCUGGCAACAGCACGAGAGGCAGGAGUUGGAUCCAAACCUAGGGUGUGAAGGAGCCAUCUUACCUGCUUUUUGCAAAGCUACAGGGAUGGCAUAGGCAGGUCCAACGCCCAUGAUGUCAGGCGGGACCCCAACCACUGCGUAGGACCUCAGGACCCCAAGGAUGGGAAGGCCCAACUCUUCUGCCUUGGACCUCCUGGCCAGCAGGAUGGCAGCUGCCCCGUCACUCACCUGGCUAGAGUUUCCUAGAGGCAAACCACAGGGUUAAGGAGGCCUUGGGGGCAGCUCCGGGGAGGUCCAGACCUUCCACGUCCACCCUGCCUGGUGGCUCCAGGCUCCCCGAGGAGAACACCCGGCAUAGAAGCAGCCCCCUCCUCACCCCACCCCCAGCCCAGUCUCACCAGCUGUGGUAGAGCCCCCCUUCUUGAAGGCAGGCUUCAGUUUGGCCAGGCCCUCCAGGGUGGUGUCGGGGCGGAUGCCCUCAUCGUGGGCCACGGUGACACUUCUCUCAGUGCCCUUGUCAUCACGGACCGUGGUGGUCACAGGCACAAUCUCAGCUUGGAAACAGCCCUUGCUCUGGGCUCUGGCUGCCCUGCCAGCACCGUGGACAGCCAGGCUCAGGUUUCCAUGGGGUAACCUUCCUUCCUGGGGUCCCUCCUUGAGGCCUCUGCCUCCUGCCCUGCCCUUUGGGACAGACAUGCAAGCACAGGCUGCUAAAUGUGGGGUCACACUCACCUCGGGGGGACGGCAGAGGGUCCCCUACUACCCCACCUGCCCUGGGAGUGGGAAGCCGAGGGCUUUACAGGGACUUCUUGGCCAUCAGCCUUAGAUCUUCAGAUCCUGGCUUAUCCCAACCUCAAAGGGGAGGGGGAAGUUUGGAAGUGGCGGCUUCCCUUUGAGACCUUCACCCAAGAGGGACUAAGCCAAACUGAGGCUGGAGCCCCAGGAAUAUUUGUGCUGGGUUCUGCCAGCUUUUCUGUUCCCUCCUGUCGCUCAAUUCCAUCCGUUCCCCACGUUUCCACGUGAUUAAAAUGACAUAUACUACCCUGAAUAUAUCUAUGCAUAAUUUGCAUGAGUGACACUUAUGAUUAACACAAACUUGUUAGUGAAAUAAAAUUUUUUAAAUGUCAAAAUAAAAUAAAAUGCCAUAUACCACACUA